AUGCCGUGGGUGGAGAAGUACCGACCCAAGUCGCUUGCCGACGUGGCAGCGCAUAAAGACAUCGUGGAUACGAUCGGCCGCCUAACCGCGUCCAACCGCCUGCCCCAUCUGCUGCUGUACGGCCCGCCCGGCACGGGCAAGACGUCAACGGUGCUGGCAGUGGCGCGGCAGCUGUACGGAGCGGGGGGCGUGCGGAACAUGUGUCUGGAGCUGAAUGCGAGUGACGAGAGGGGCAUUGAUGUGGUGCGGCAGCAGGUGCAGGACUUCGCUUCUACCCAGUCAAUCAGCUUCGGAGCCAAGGCGGCGGUGAAGCUGGUGGUGCUGGACGAGGCGGACGCCAUGACCAAGGACGCGCAGUUCUCCCUGCGCCGCGUGAUAGAGAAGUACACGCGCAGCACGCGCUUUUGUCUCAUCUGCAACCACGUCAGCAAGAUCAUUCCCGCCCUCCAAUCGCGCUGCACGCGCUUCCGCUUCGCCCCGCUCUCCUCUGCUGACGUCACUGCCAGGCUCAGACACGUCAUCCAGGAAGAGGGUCUGGAUGUGACAGAUGGCGCGCUGUCAGCCGUUGUGAGCCUCAGUGCGGGUGACAUGCGCCGCGCCCUCAACAUCUUGCAGUCCACACACAUGUCAUGCCCCACUGUCAUGACGGAGGAGGCGGUGUAUGCCAGCACAGGCAACCCCAUGCCCAAGGACAUUCAGCAGAUGGCGCACUGGCUGCUCAACGAACCGUUCUGCACCGCACUGCAACGCAUACAGCGAGUGAAGGAGGUGAAGGGACUGGCGCUCAUAGACAUUGUGCGCUACCUGCACGGGUUCAUCCUCACAGUGGACAUGCCAGCCAAUGUGCGCAUUGACCUCUUUGAUGCUAUGGCUGACAUUGAGUACGUUCCCUCCACCCUGCCGCCCUCCCUCCACCCUGCCGCCCUCCCUCCACCCUGCCGCCCUGCCGCCCCCUCCACCCUGCCGCCCUCCUCCACCCUGCCGCCCUCCUCCACCCUGCCGCCCUCCAUCCACCCUGCCGCCCUCCCUCCACCCUGCCGCCCUCCCUCCACCCUGCCGCCCUCCCUCCACCCUGCCGCCCUCCCUCCACCCUGCCGCCCUCCCUCCACCCUGCCGCCCUCCCUCCACCCUGCCGCCCUCCAUCCACCCUGCCGCCCUCCAUCCACCCUGCCGCCCUCCUCCACCCUGCCGCCCUCCCUCCACCCUGCCGCCCUCCCUCCACCCUGCCGCCCUCCCUCCACCCUGCCGCCCUCCCUCCACCCUGCCGCCCUCCCUCCACCCUGCCGCCCUCCCUCCACCCUGCCGCCCUCCCUCCACCCUGCCGCCCUCCCUCCACCCUGCCGCCCUCCCUCCACCCUGCCGCCCUCCCUCCACCCUGCCGCCCUCCCUCCACCCUGCCGCCCUCCUCCACCCUGCCGCCCUCCAUCCACCCUGCCGCCCUCCAUCCACCCUGCCGCCCUCCAUCCACCCUGCCGCCCUCCAUCCACCCUGCCGCCCUCCAUCCACCCUGCCGCCCUCCAUCCACCCUGCCGCCCUCCAUCCACCCUGCCGCCCUCCAUCCACCCUGCCGCCCUCCAUCCACCCUGCCGCCCUCCAUCCACCCUGCCGCCCUCCAUCCACCCUGCCGCCCUCCAUCCACCCUGCCGCCCUCCAUCCACCCUGCCGCCCUCCAUCCACCCUGCCGCCCUCCAUCCACCCUGCCGCCCUCCAUCCACCCUGCCGCCCUCCAUCCACCCUGCCGCCCUCCAUCCACCCUGCCGCCCUCCAUCCACCCUGCCGCCCUCCAUCCACCCUGCCGCCCUCCAUCCACCCUGCCGCCCUCCAUCCACCCUGCCGCCCUCCAUCCACCCUGCCGCCCUCCAUCCACCCUGCCGCCCUCCAUCCACCCUGCCGCCCUCCAUCCACCCUGCCGCCCUCCAUCCACCCUGCCGCCCUCCAUCCACCCUGCCGCCCUCCAUCCACCCUGCCGCCCUCCAUCCACCCUGCCGCCCUCCAUCCACCCUGCCGCCCUCCAUCCACCCUGCCGCCCUCCAUCCACCCUGCCGCCCUCCAUCCACCCUGCCGCCCUCCAUCCACCCUGCCGCCCUCCAUCCACCCUGCCGCCCUCCAUCCACCCUGCCGCCCUCCAUCCACCCUGCCGCCCUCCAUCCACCCUGCCGCCCUCCCUCCACCCUGCCGCCCUCCCUCCACCCUGCCGCCCUCCCUCCACCCUGCCGCCCUCCCUCCACCCUGCCGCCCUCCCUCCACCCUGCCGCCCUCCCUCCACCCUGCCGCCCUCCCUCCACCCUGCCGCCCUCCAUCCACCCUGCCGCCCUCCAUCCACCCUGCCGCCCUCCAUCCACCCUGCCGCCCUCCCUCCACCCUGCCGCCCUCCAUCCACCCUGCCGCCCUCCAUCCACCCUGCCGCCCUCCAUCCACCCUGCCGCCCUCCAUCCACCCUGCCGCCCUCCAUCCACCCUGCCGCCCUCCAUCCACCCUGCCGCCCUCCAUCCACCCUGCCGCCCUCCAUCCACCCUGCCGCCCUCCAUCCACCCUGCCGCCCUCCAUCCACCCUGCCGCCCUCCAUCCACCCUGCCGCCCUCCAUCCACCCUGCCGCCCUCCAUCCACCCUGCCGCCCUCCAUCCACCCUGCCGCCCUCCAUCCACCCUGCCGCCCUCCAUCCACCCUGCCGCCCUCCAUCCACCCUGCCGCCCUCCAUCCACCCUGCCGCCCUCCAUCCACCCUGCCGCCCUCCAUCCACCCUGCCGCCCUCCAUCCACCCUGCCGCCCUCCAUCCACCCUGCCGCCCUCCAUCCACCCUGCCGCCCUCCAUCCACCCUGCCGCCCUCCAUCCACCCUGCCGCCCUCCAUCCACCCUGCCGCCCUCCAUCCACCCUGCCGCCCUCCAUCCACCCUGCCGCCCUCCAUCCACCCUGCCGCCCUCCAUCCACCCUGCCGCCCUCCAUCCACCCUGCCGCCCACCAUCCACCCUGCCGCCCUCCAUCCACCCUGCCGCCCUCCAUCCACCCUGCCGCCCUCCAUCCACCCUGCCGCCCUCCAUCCACCCUGCCGCCCUCCAUCCACCCUGCCGCCCUCCAUCCACCCUGCCGCCCUCCAUCCACCCUGCCGCCCUCCAUCCACCCUGCCGCCCUCCAUCCACCCUGCCGCCCUCCAUCCACCCUGCCGCCCUCCAUCCACCCUGCCGCCCUCCAUCCACCCUGCCGCCCUCCAUCCACCCUGCCGCCCUCCAUCCACCCUGCCGCCCUCCAUCCACCCUGCCGCCCUCCAUCCACCCUGCCGCCCUCCAUCCACCCUGCCGCCCUCCCUCCACCCUGCCGCCCUCCCUCCACCCUGCCGCCCUCCCUCCACCCUGCCGCCCUCCCUCCACCCUGCCGCCCUCCCUCCACCCUGCCGCCCUCCCUCCACCCUGCCGCCCUCCCUCCACCAACCCAAUGUGCUCUGGGUGUUCUGGUCCAUCGUUUUUUAUGCCAACUAGUCUUCGUACCUACCAAUUUCCCAUGGCCUCGAAUACCAACGCGCGUCUCCGCGCAGCCCGCACGCUGCUUCCCCUUCCUCUCGCCUUCCUGCUGCUCCUCGCCGCCACCAGCGCAAGCGCCGCGCGGCCCGUCCUUCAUCCAUCCCCCUCCGCCACCGGCUCACCGCACAGCAUCGCCGCUCGCCGUGCGCUCGCCCGCGCGGAUCCCACUGCGUCUCCGCAGAGGGUGGAGCGGCGGAAGCUGUUCAGCUGGGACGGCGUGACCGUCGAUCAGAUCAUUGCCGGCAGCCUGGGUACGAUCGACGGUCCGGAUGACGACGAGGUGACGACGAAGAUCGUGGAUCUAUUCAUGAACGCGGGGUACAACGUGAUGGUCAUUCAGAGCGCGCACUCCGUGCAGGGCGACCCGGCGUCCGCGGCGGUGGAGGUGUGGCACUUCUGGGAUAACUCGGAGUUCACCGUGUAUUUCAAGCAGGGCCCCUUCUCCGUGGAGAAUCUUGGCAAUGGCGGCUACGAGAACUGGGCGUUCGGCGGCAACUGGCAGCGCUACGGCGCCGAUGAGAAGGUCGUCGUAUUCUCUUGA